CUUAACUCUUCUCACACUCCAUAGGACUGACUUCAGAGAAGGUAAGUUAAGGAUGGGGCUGUUACUGCGAAAUACAUUUUAAUAAGUCUUAAAAAUGGUCUUAAUGGUCUUCCCAGUACCUUUUUUCCACUGAUGUCAUCACUGCAGUGAUGGCUGUAUGUCUAGAACCAAAUACUCAAAGCUGGAGGUAGGUAAGUGGAAAUCUGCUCUGGAAAAAGAUGGGAGGAUAACGCAGAAGAAUGGAGCAGGGAGGCAAUGAUAUCUGAAUUCUCUAUUUUUAAAGUAUGUGAACUUGGGGGAGUUCCAAUGACUUGGUAGCAUCGCAAACUGUAUAACGAAGUGUACAAAAUUAAUGACAGGCUGUAUCAAGCGCUGGAUCUACAGUAUAAGGAAAGGUGGUGUUUACGCUUAAGUAGGCUAGAGGGCAGUACCGCGUGUUUUCAAGGAGGAUCAGGAGCGACCUGUAAGCAAAGAAGUAGCUGCCUGUUGUACAAAUCCAACAUACUACCAUUUUGGCUAGCUUUUUUUGUGGGGGGGAGGGGUUGCUUUGCAGUACAUCUUGGCUGCUGAUUCCUCCCUGUUUACACAUAUUGGUUCAUGGACAACAGUUUUCUUCCACACCUGGGAAGAAAUGAUAUGCCAUUGUGUGUGAUAAUGUACUGGCAGCCACUGCUCAGUGCUCUCAUUGGGAAGAAGAGUACAAGCUAGAAGCACAAGGAAACGAUGUACAAAAUGUUGUUGGCGUUUUUCUUUCAGUGACUGGGUUUACUUGCCAUGAUGUGAAUUGCAUUCUUUUGCCCCCUGCUGUUUCCUGCAUUCAAAUAUGUUUAGAAACAAUGUGUGCUUAGCAAGGGGUAGAAGCCGGAAUGACAACACAUAUCAUGAGUGGUGAUCCCUCUUUCAAGCCACCCUCAGUUUUUAAAACUUCGUCUCCAUCCGAUUUGUGCAAGGAACUUUGUACUACCUGGUAGCUUAGUAUCGCAUCUGUACAGCAAUUCUUUCUUAGGAAAGAAUAUCGUGUGUGGAGCUGUCCAUGGUUUCUAGGAACAGUGAUUCCUUGAAUAGUAAGCAGAGUAGACACUUCAGCAUCCACAGUGGGCUUGAACCUACCCAGGGACUGUAUAUUUUAAGGCAGUGACAUCUCUGCCUAAAUAUAUAUGUAUUGUAUUGCCCCACCUUGAGCGGGGGUGGGUGGGGCGGUGAGGGCAUUGCUGCUCCCAGUUUUCCAGCUUGCCUCUUCUCUCCCUUCACCCAGCUUAACAAUACUAGUUGUUUGUUGUUGUUGUUGUUGUUAAUAGAUUUCGUGUACUUCUAAUUGCUUUUUUAAAUGAAUGGUUCUCCCCACCCCCAAUGUGGCAUUUCUUGUUUUUAUAUGUGAGCUGCCUCCAGCCCCUUCAGAGGUGAACAGGCGUGGUAAUUAAACCAAAGUAUUAUUAUUAAUAGCAAUAAUAUCAAUAACGAGGCAGGCAGAAACCCAACAGGUGAAUCCUUUUCGCAGCCACGCCAUUGCGCACGCGCUGCUAUAGAAACCAGCCCAAGGCGCGCGGCCGGCCACGCCCUCCCUGCGAGCCGAUUGGUUCUCCCGUCGGCUCUCCCUCCCCCUUCCUGGGGCUCCCUCCCUUCUGCGCGCUCUCCCACGCCGCCGCGCCGCCUUUCCCCUCGUGCCUGCGCCUCCCGGCCAUGCGCGCACGCGCCGCCUUUGGCUUUCCUGGCGGCGGAGCAAGAGCCUUUCAUUGGCUCCCGAGUGGCGGCUGCAAUGAACGCCCUGCGGCGCGCGGCUGCCCGCCUGCUCCUCCUGGCUCCACCUGCCCGGCAGGUAAGAGGCGGGAAGGGCGCUGCGCGAAACCUCCAGAGCUCAGCAGGGCUUACCUGCAAGGAAGGGGACGCCGGCGGCAUGCCGAGGGAUGGAAUGGAGCGGGAAGGACCGUGGGUGGAAGGUCCCGGGUUCAACCCCCGGCGUCUCCAGGUAGGAUUUGGGGGCGGAGGGUGUCCCCUGCCUGCAACUGUGGAUGGAGAGCAGCUGCACUGAGUUCUGGGAGUCCUGGGUUCAAAUCCCCACUCAGCCACCAUGAAGCCCGUGGGUGACCUCAGUCCCGCCUACCUCACAGGGCUGUUGGGAGGAGAGCAAGGGGAGGAGGGGGGGACCAUAAACGCCACCUUGAGCUCCUUGGAGGAGACGUAAAAGGCAGGAUAUAACACUGUGAUGCAAUACUGAAUGGGUACAUAAGGCAGCUUCCUCUCUCUGUCCUACACACCUGCAAAUAUUUGGGACGAAGAGCUCCAAAAUUAGGAACCCGAGGUAUUGUAUGCACACUUGAAAGAAUGGACUUUGUGGUCCGCCUACAAUGCGUUCUAUUUAAGUUGCUUUGGGCAGCUGUGGUGCAUCUUGCAAAUUAACUGUGGAAGCAAUCAUUGGGAUCAAGAACAGGUGGUGAGCUGGGUGUUUGUGUGUACAUAUCUAUACUUGCUGACUGAAGUGGAUUCUAGUCUACAAAAGCUUUGCCGUAAUCCACUCCUUGCUGUUCUUUCUCUCUCCUGGUGGUUACGGCACAUAGUUUUAUUAUGCGGUGGAUAUGCAGUGUGUUCCCGGGUCCAUGUCACCCAGACAGAAACUCAGUUUUGCCUUGGUGCAUAUGUCAUCUCUUUUGUUAGUUCUGCAUCUUAAUGUGGCAAAUGUGAUCUGCUCCGGGUAGUAGUUGUUACGAACCAGCUAAGGGUUGGCUAUGGACAUGCAUCCUGCGACCCUGGCUCAAUCAGGUUAGCUCACUAUCACUACUUAUACAUGAGUGGGUAUCUAUGCCAUCCCUUCAGCACAAGAUUGUUUUGGACAAUACUGUUGUGCAUUCAGGAAACCUGUUGUGCAUAGAAUUGAGGACUGUAUCUGUGUGGUGUAUUUGUUUAACUUUCAAACACCUCAAAGUAAACACAUCAACACAUUAUAUUUUUAGGGCUAUGUUGUUGUUGUUUUAAAAAACACAUUAGAACCUGUUGGAUGAAGAGGAGGAUGCACCUAUGGUAUUAUUUUUUUGUACUGCCUCUAUUAUGAUUCCACUGGCAGACCUGCUCCUUUAGGACUUCAAUAGUCAUCCAUUUGGCCUCUGUGAGAAUAGAGUUCACACUAGAGGGGCCACUGGACUGACCCUAUAGGUUCUUCUUAAGUUCUUAUUCAAACCUGUCUCUCCCUUCUAGAGUUUACCAUCAUGGGAAAAACUUCUCGUUAUUAUUUUUAAUGGCUACAAUUUUACAGCAUGUGUUUUUACAGCUUAAUGAACCUGGGCUCCCUUUGUUACACAUGUACCCAAUGAAAGCAACAAACGCACAAUAAUAAAUUUCAUUGGAUUGACUUUGCUGGAAACAUGUCCUGGGUGUUGUUGCUGUGCUGGAAGCAGAUUUCUUCUGAGAGGAUUAAUAGGAUGCAAUUUCUAUUUGUUGUCCUGACAACCAUGACUCCACAUCCCCGUUUGUUCAUCCACGCAGGUUAAUCUAAUUUCAGGAUUAGCUCAUCAGUAUCAAGCCACAGCGGGGGAAACAUCUGGGAUCGAUGCCAUGGGAUUAAUUAAAAGGAGUAACACACUCAUAUAGGGCUAUUAUACUCUGUAAUCCAGGGAAGUAUUAGCAAUGGACUUUCAGUGUCCUCAAACUGUGUUUUGGGUAUUAAUAGGAUUCCUUUGAAGUUUAUCGGGGGCGGGGGGGUCAGUAUUUGUGUACUUUCUUUGUUUGAUACACCACUCUUUUUUAAAUCAUCAUAAUCACAGAGCAGCCUACGCAAUGAAACAUUAAAAUAGGAUAAAAAACCAUAAUGUUAUAAAAGUUGGGUGUCACCCCCACUCUCUGCCAAGAAUUGGAGAAUUGAAGGCAAGUUGGCAAAGCUUACAGAGAAGCUCAGAGACAAUGGCAGUGAGAAAUUUAAAAAAAGGUUAGGAAACAUUUAUUGUAUAUGUGCAAAAAUAUGGUAUACAAAUAGAAACAUUUGCAAGUGUUAAAUAAUGAGUCUACCAUAGGCAAUUUGAAAUAUUAAUGUAUGAUGGUAGUUUGUUAAAUAUUGAUAAUUAAUAUAAGAAAAAUAAGAAAAAUAGGUUUUAUAUAAGAAACCAUACUUAUUGAGAAAAAUAAGAAAACAUACUUAUUUAAUGAAACAGAAAAGGAGAAGGAGGGAAGUCAGCAAGUUAAAGAGAACCUCCAAAAUAUGUUUAUAUAUACUGAAAAUGUGUCAUGAUUAAGGUUUAUUUAUAUACUCUCUCUUAUUUUUUGCUUUAUUUUCCUUUUAUUCACCCUCUCCCCCGAAUUGUAUUAUCUCUAUGGAGAAUACUUGGCGAAGUUAAAAUUGUAAAAUCAAUAAAAAAUAUUUAAUAAUAAUAAAAGAUUGAAGAUGUGGCAGAGACCAUCAUAGCUUUAAGAAAUAUGAUUUAUUCACAUAUUUGCACCUUCAGUCUGCCUUCCCUGUGUGUGUGUGUGUGUGUGUGUGUGUGUACGCACAUGCACACACACACCAAACACAAGGAAUCUCAUUCUGUAACUACCUAAAAUUUCUCAGUUUGUGGGAACGGCAGCAGAAACCAGAGGUUUCUUUGCCUGUCAAGCACAGCAGAGUUGGGUAGCUUUGGUCAGUCGGCUUCUCCUGUCAGAGGCAAUAUGCCUCUGGGUACUGCUUGCUGGGAAUCACAACUAUGUGUAUAUGUUGUAGGGGGCACUGUUGUGCUCAUGUUUUGCUUGCAAGCUUCCCAUGAGAAUUUGAUUGACCACUGUGAGAACAGAAUGCCAGGCUAGAUGGGCCUUCAGCCUGAUUCAGUAGAAUAUUCUUAUGUUCUUAGCUUUGUCCCUUUUGCUGAGUGCAGGAUGCAGAUCUUACCCGCAGUUGCACGUGAAGACCCUGCUUGUAACUUUGCUGUACCUGAAGCAGCCUCCCAGUUUGGGGCAGCGAGGCAACUUCUUUCAUUGCAUAAUCUUUACUUCAGCAGACUACGAAUAAACUCCCCCCUGCCCCUAGCAGGAACAUGGAGUUGUAUAGGCUCAUAAAUGCCUAUGACGGGAAAGUUAGUGCUAUAGGGCUGAUGAAUUAAUGUGUCUCGUUCCCCUUUGUUCUCUCUUGAAUAAUAUGGACUCAGGAUGAGGCAGACAGCUAAUCUCUGGAGCAUUAAGUAAUUGCUCUCAGAACUGCGCCUUCGAGCUUGCCUUUUGCUGCUGUGCGCACAUGUGAAAAAACAGCGCCGGGUUGUGGGAAUUCUCUAAGGGUUAUGGGAACUUUUUAAAGCAGCUCUUUCAAACCGAGGACCCUUUGCUUGUAAUCUCACGGAGGAGCCCAAACCUCGUAACUGAGGGGUAGGCAAUUUGCAUCUUAAUGGGCUCGGUGCAUGCCUGUAGUAUUAUACUUGAAGUUGUUGCCUCCUUCUCCUUCACGGCUACCCCGCAACGCACUCCAGAUCAAUGGGGCAGAAUCUAAUAAGGGGCUAUAAGGCCAGUGAGAGCCCAAGCCUCUUUUCUCUCUCACACACAGUGUGGAUUCAGAAGCUGCUUACAAACAACUGCUCCUCCUCCUCCUCUUCUCUGUUUCUUGCUCCUCCUCUCUCUGGAACUCAGGACACCCUACUGGAGGUUUCCAAGCACCCUUUCAUUUCGGGAACUGGUGCUGCUGCACCCAAUCCUGCCUAGCUUCAGAAAUGUCACAAAGCAACGUGCGAUUCCAAGGAGGUAGUUUGAACAUACGCAGCUGGCGUGCUUUGUUUUGUGGCAGUGCCACAAGGCAACUGGCGCCGUUUGAUGAAAUGUGCCCUAUUUUAGGCCACCCCUGCUUCCCAUCACUCCCUCCGCUGCACCUGAUGGUGCAGCUGCUGCCAAGUGGGAUGUUAAACAUGUCCUGUGGGAGCGCCUGGGGUUCUCUUAUCCAGUUCCCUCCUCUGUAUCUAGCCUCAGUUCUGGAGCCAUAUUCAAGGGUUAUAGAAACAGGGAAAUUCCAUUCACAAGGAGGUAGGGGAAGAAUAGUUUAUGGGGAAAGUGUGCUAGCCUUGGGUUGAAGAAUAGUGAGCAUGUGAACUGGGCAGCCAACUUCUUCUUGCUUGGGCUUCUUGCAUGAUGUAGGGACCCUAAUUUUCCGCAGCUUCUACUUUGCAUCUGCAACCACCAUGAGUUCAGGAGGGUCUCUGCUUCAGACAGUGGCCCUCCAACUUGAGGAGGAGGGUGUGGAGGAGGAAGGGGGCUGGAUUUAGCACACUCAGCCCCACAACAACCCCUCCUUUUCUGCGUGUAACCCCCCCCCCCCCCCGGAAUUUCUACCAUGCCCAAAUAUGGCUUGAUUGAUCAUGUCAUCUGUAAGCUUUAUUCAGGUUCCUGAGACUUUUUGAAAUAUUGGGUGAUGAAAGAAUUCUCCUGGUCUUCAGGUAAGACUGGUGUGUGGCACAAUGGGCCUAGCAGUCCCCAUUUGCCACUUUUCAAAUUUCCCCUCUUCUAUGUUUUAGAUCAGGGGUCAGCAGUGUGCGGCCCAUGGGCUGGAUGCAGCCCACGAAGACAGUUUUACCAGCCCACGAGCCGCCCCCCCAAACCGAGCUGCCAGCUCAGUGAGUUCCCCGUACGCUGUGCUAUACCGGCUAUGGGGUUGUGGCGCUCAUCUCGCUUUCAGGCCAAGAGAGCUGGUGUUUGUCCACAGACAGCUUUCCGGGUCAUGUGGCCACCAUGACUAAACUGCUUCUGGUGCAACAGAAUACCAUGACGGAAGCCAGAGUGCAUGAAAAUGCCGUUUACCUACCUGCCACUAUUUAUCUACUAGCAUUGGUGUGCUUUCGAACUGGUAGGUUUGCAGGAGCUGGGACAAAGCAAUGGGGAGCUCACCCCAUCAUGCUAUUUCGAACUGCCGACCUUUCGAUCGGCAAGCCCAAGAGGCUCAGUGGUUUAGACCGCAGUGCCACCCACAUCCCUCUAAUUAAUGAAUGCCCUUUGUAAGAGUAAUUAAUACCCUUUGAAAUAUGGCUUGCCUGAUAUUAAAAGUGCAUGGAUUUAAAAUCCAAGCCAGCGGAGGAUGGAGCGACAUGCAGAACUGUCAGCUUCUCAAAUACAGUGCAAUAUCACUAAGAAGAAGUUAAGAUGGUUUUAUAAAAAACAUAAAUAUCCUCAAGGGUUGCGUCUUUGUAGUAAUAGUUCUGCACAGCAGCCUUCUCCAGCGGUUUUUGUGCUCCAGGUGUUUUGGACUAUAACUCCCAAAAAGUUGCUAUCAGCACCAGCUCACUGCAACAACUCUUAACUUUAAAACUUUUUGUUUGGGUUUCUCGUCUUGUAGAACAUUGUGGGACAAAAGACAUCAUGGCUUUGACAGCAGAGGUAACCAGCAAGGAUAGAUGUUCUGGCAUACUGCCCAAGUGGGAAAAUAUUGGUUCUCUAAAUGUUCCUAUGGAUUGAUGAUAAGCCAUGUGCUUUAAAGGCUGUGCCAGAAGUAAGAGUCUUGAUUAUGUCUGCAGGCAGGUGAAGAAGAAGAAAAUGGCCCCGAUUCUGAAUCUCGCGUUUACGAAUCUUAACAAACGUUGAACUUUGGAGUAUGAAUACUACGUGAUGAUUUUAAAAAUGGAUAAGGUAGAGUAGCAAUACAUCUUGACUCUAAAGACAGGAUUUAAAAAUAACAAGAGCCAGAACAAAGUAACUUGAACAGCAGUAAGAUCUCAAAGGGUUUAAUGAGAAAGCAUGGUUUUUCAAUGCUGCCAGAACACAAGCAAAGAGAGGGAGAUAAUCUAAUCUCUCGGGGGCAAAUAAGUUCCAUGAAUGUAAUAGGAAGCUUAGUUCAAUAAAGGCACUCUUUGCAUGUUGCUGCCAAACACACCUCAAAAAGCUGACAUUGAAAGAUAGGCGGGUUCACAUGGGGGAAGAUGGUUGUUCAGUAUCUUGGCCCCAAGCUGUUUAGGGCUUUAAAGGUAAUUAACAGCACUAUGUGUAUAAACUUUAUUUUAUUUUAUUUUAAAAAGUAUUGCAGGGAGGAUUCCGGAAAACACAAGCCAGUUUGUUAAACAUCUGUUCUGGGUGAAUUGGUGGGAUCAUUUAUUAAAAGAAACACCAAAUGCAGCGCACUGAAGAACAAGCCUUGCUGCAGAGGAAUCAGCGUGCCUUUUGCAAAAGAAAGUCCUGCCUCCUCAGCCUUAACUGUUCUUGGGGUGUGUUGACAAGCACAUGGGUAGGAAUGGUCCAGUCAGUGCUGGAUUUACAUAUGGGCUGAGUGGGCUGCAGCCCAUGGCCUCCUAGUCUAGGGAGGCCGUGGCCUCCUGCCAAUAUAUAUAUAUACACACAUAUAAAAAUACAAGUAGAUUUUACUAUCUGGGCCUAGUUGCUUAGUAACGGUAAAGAAGAACGAGGCUUUGUUUUCAUGAUCAAAUGCUAUUAAAUUUGGACCUCCCCAGGCCUCCUAGUCGAGGGCCUUCCAUUGUUUUAAUCCAGGCCUGAGUAAAUUUAGCAGUCAAGGAGUAGGCAGAUUAGUAACUGGUUAAAGAAGAGGAAGCAGAGAGCUAGUAGCAGAAAGCCAGGAUUUUGAUUUUGUUUGGAGCUCCUUUCCAACUUGUAUAUUUUUCUUCAUCCUUCCUACUGAUUCCCAUUCUGUCUCACACUCAGUUUUCCUUCCCCUUCCUUAAAGCGGUACGUACAAAGUACCUUCCAGGGUAGUAUAAGGUUGUCUUUAUUAAAAGCAAUGAAAUGUACCUGUCGGCAAGGGCUCUCUUGUACUGUAUGAUAAAUAUAAGCUACAUUUCCAUUAAUGAUUUUUUUAUUUGUCGGCUUGUUAUUCGAGAUGUUCUGCUGAGUUUUUAAAAAGCUAUAUAAACAAAUUGUAAGGACGUGGUCACGCUGCAAUUUGUCUUGCUGCUGAUAGGCAGCCUGGGCAGGCAAGCAGGCAGAGCAAAUGACACAGCGUGGACCAGGUGAGCUGCAGAGGAAUAGGCAGGGCAGGCUGGGGCAGCUCCCCAGCAAUGGUCCUACUCUACUGCCACUCCUGCCUCACAACAACGCUGCUGUUUUGGCCUCAGCAAUGUGGGAGGCUGGGGAGCUGUCCUACUCUGUUCUUCAUGUUCCUCUGCAGCUCACCUAUGCCAUGGUUUGGGAUAUCUGUAAGGGGAGGCGGGUGCAGUUUGGGCAUUCUGUAAGGGAAGGAAGGGGUGGUACCCGCUGCUCAACUUAUAUUUAAAGUGUGCUGCAAUGUUUUUAAUGUUUUCCCACAAAAUCACGGACACAGAAUUGUGGAGAUGGAAGAAAACCUAAGGUUCUUCAAACUCCUGUAAUGCAGCAAUCAGCUAGGGGUGGUUCGUGUCCAUGUUUUAGGAGGCACUGAGUGGGGAAGCAGUUUAUUAUUAGAACUGAAUAAAUGCGUUUACUAAAUGGGAUUGUCUUCACUGAGUUUUCGCACAAGGUUUUCCCCUUUGAGGUUUUGAGGUCCCUAAAUAUCAGAGGCCACUAGACAGCUGCUUAGCCUGACUCCUGGUAUAUCCAGCCCUCCUGCUGCUUCCCUAUAAUAUUUGGAGGCUACCAAACAGGUGUCAUUACUUGUGGCAGGCUGAUAUGGGAACAGCAUUAAGCAAAUCCAGGGUGGAUUAGUCAGUGAAUGAAAUGCCAGAAGUACUGUAUUAACAUGGAUGUAAAAAUAGCUUUGGCUAUUUCAGAGCUUCGGUUGCUCUGUAUUAGCUUGCAGGCUCCGUUCCACGUUAGAGGCUGCCUGUCACUCUGAUAAUUUGGAACUCUGGGCGGGGGGCAAAGGAUUCUGACUUGCUUUUUACAGAGGCUCCUGUUUCUGGGUACAGAGAAAUACAGUGAGUGCUUCACUCAGGAUGCAGAUUGGCUGACACUGACAGGUAAAUGGAAUGGGAAUUGUGAGCUGUAGCUGGUAUGGAUUAGGGCAGAGUUUGGGUGUUCAGUGGAUUCGAUGAACAUAGAAGCUAUUAAUUUCUCAUACCUUAAUAGUGAAUGUUUUAGUGCCAUUAACAAGUACGUUUAAUUACGUUAUAUCAAAAGCUUGUUUAAUUUCACAGAUGCAAUUAACUUCAGAGGUUUUUACCUCUUUAAUUUCUGUGUGUGCAGUGGAUGUGAUGGAACGGAAGCAGAAAGAAAAGUGGUGCAUUUCUCAGACGCUAAAUAAUGAAUGUUGACAUUUUUUAAUGCUGUUAUUAAAUCAUUAUAGGAUAAUCUGUUUCUUGAGCACUCAUCCUGGUUUGCUUUCGCAAAGCUCACAUGGAGGUUAAAUUAUAUCUGGUUUUUAGUGAGCAUGCAUGCAGAUUUGUUUUCAGAGUGGUUAUGCAACAAUGAGCAUUCAUCCCAAUUUGUCUGCUUCCCAUUAAUCAUUCAUCCAUCCCACAGUUUUUGGUACAUUUUAUCACCACAUUCCAAACCGCAAAAGCUCUGUUUUUUAAUAAGUGGCUUUGUUGCAUUAGGAUGUACAAACCUAAAGUUCUGGUUUGCACUUUAAUGUCUCCAGCAAAAUAGUGACAAUCUGGAAGCACUGUUUGCAUUGGAUUAAAAACCUGCUUAAUUUCACAGGAGAAAUUUACAUCAGUGGCUUUUAUUUCUUCAUUGCAUUUGAUUGCACCCAGAAAGAGAUCCAACCCGCCCUUUUUUAAGGCUUGGAGGUCCAAAUUAGCCAACGUAGUGCAUUCUUGGCUUUCGUAAUAGUAGCUUAUUUUAGGCUAUGUUUCAAAUGCCCAUGUGCUGCGUUUUGGGGGAGAAGGCCCACCCGUUGCAUCAUGUGGAACAGUGUGGGACUGGGAUCUUUUCACCUUUGUUCAUUAUCCCAUUGAGCGUAUUUAGGCACCAGGUUCAGAAGAUCAUGGUUCACCAGUCUUUUUAUGGGAGGCUUGUGGAUCUGCUUGUUCUUGGAUUUGGUCUCUUGAUUGCUCUUCAUUUUUGUUGCUGCUGCUGGUUAUUUUCUCAGGUUUUUCUUUGGAUAAUAAUAAUAAUAAUAAUUAAUAAUAAUAAUAAACCUUUAUUGUCACUACACCACCUUUAUGCACCCCCACAUACACUUGCUCUAGUGCUGGGUUGGUUUUAUUUUGAUUUGUUAGCCACCCAGAUGAUCCCAUUUGAGAUGGAAGACUAUAGAAUACUAAACAAAUAAAUGCUAUGGUUGACAGCUCACUCCCAUAUAAGGACCAAAUGGUGGUGCUGGGGAGCCUUCUGACCUUGGGUAAGAUCAACAUAAUGCCAUGCAUUAGCUCAGUCAGCUAUUCUUUCCCCUCUUUCCCAUCCCCCUUUUGGCGUGAACACCCAACUGUAUGAAAAGUUCUGUGCAAUUUGUAAGCUUUCAUAUUUUUACUUGGCUCAUAGAAAAGGUAUUGUCUUGCCCGUUCUACUUUUGCAUUAAAUCACCUGGGGUAUAUUUUUUAUAUUAUGGUAAGUGGAGAAGAACGAUGCCCCUCUACAUAUGGCAAAUAACCCAGCAGAUUGUAAGGGGAGGAGGUCAUAUUUGUCUCGUCCCUGGCCAUGGAGGGAAUUGCUGAUCAAAAAAGGCUGCUGGUUUGUUGUUGUUUUUUUCUUCCACUAGUAAGCAGCCAGGAAAGUUUCUUCUGACCUGUUGGAAGCUUCUUAGUAUUGCCCAGCUGCUUUCUCCCAUGAUCUUUGGCUGAACUAAACAUCUCAUAGACUUUGAAGUGCUGAGGUUUCCCAGUGCCCUGCCUCCAGGUAUCUCCAGCCACCCAGAAUGGCUGGGGAAACCCAGUCAGAUGGGUGGGGUGUAAAUAAAAUCAUCAUCAUCAUCUGGGCUGUCCAGGGCUUAUUAGGCUCCCUAUUAUGACAUUGGCGUGACAUCAGAGCAGAUGAGUAGAUGGGAGCCACAUAGAAUGACAGUGACACAUCAACAGACCGUAGGCCCCAGCAGAGCUGAAAUCUCUGAAAAAGCAUUUUGACAGGUUUAAUGGUUGCAUUUGCAAGAGUACGAGCAAAGAAGGAAGGUAGCAAACUACUUUAGAGAACGUUAUUGUUGAAGAACUAGCUCAGUCGGUAGAGCAUGAGACUCUUAAUCUCAGGGUUGUGGGUUUGAGCCCCAUGUUGGGCACAAGACUCCUACAUUGCAGGGGGUUGGACUAGAUCACCCUCGUGGUCCCUUCCAACUCUAGGUAAAAGGGUAAAGGGGACCCCUGACCAUUAGGUCCAGUCGUGACCGACUCUGGGGUUGCGGCGCUCACCUCGCUUUAUUGGCCAAGGGAGCCAGCGGACAGCUUCUGGGUCAUGUGGCCAGCAUGACUAAGCAGCUUCUGGUGAACCAGAGCAGCGCACGGAAACACUGUUUACCUUCCCGCAGGAGCAGUACCUAUUAAUCUACUUGCACUUUGACGUGCUUUCGAACUGCUAGGUUGGCAGGAGCAGGGACUGAGCAACGGGAGCUCACCCCGUCGUGGGGAUUCGAACCUCCGACCUUCUGAUCGGCAAGUCCUAGGCUCUGUUGUUUAACCCACAGCGCCACCUGCGUCCCAACUCUACAGCUUCCAACUCUACAGCUCAAUUAUUCAUGCAAUGUGGUAAGCCAAACUAUGGCUUACCGAGAUGGCACAAACACACAGGCUGUUGGCUGCAUCUUGUGGUUAGCACAGCAAGAGCUUAACUGUGAGACCCAGUUCAGAUAACAUGCUAAGCCAAGGCUUGGCUUAGCUUAGCUCAGCAGAGCACUGCAAGGAGAAGGACCAGGGAGGAACAAAGCAGCUAUGGAGAGCUUCUGUCCUGCACAUUAGCUCAGUCUCAUGCAACCUAUGUCUCAACUAGGUUUCAAACCUAAGUCUGCAGAAGAGGGACCUGUUUUCAUUCGUUUCAGUCAUAGUUUAUAAGAAGACAUAACCAUGGAAAUGCAAGUGAAAAUAAUAGAAAUAUAUUAAUGGUUCAUCAUACUACUUGCUUGGCAGAGAAGUCUACGUAUCACUUUGAGAGCUUUUACAUGGGAGCUCUUCAAAGAGGGGUAGGGGACUGUUCUAACAACUCUCAGCAUUCUUAACAAGCUACAGUUCCCAGGAUAAUUUGGGGGAAGCCAUGACUGUCUAAAGUGGCGCAAUACUGCUUUAAAUGCAUAGUGCAGAUGGGGCCAAACCCUCCAGUACUCCCUCUGCUAAAUGAACCUUGUAAAUACAGUGGACCCUCGAGUUACAUACCGCUCUGGAUACGUACCUUUUGGGUUGCAAACGUGGCAAUCCCGGAAGCGUAUACUUUCGGGUUUUGCCAUGCGCAGAAGCGCUCUGCGCUCCACACACAUGCACAGAAGCACUCUAUCGUGCCACAUGUGUGCGCAGAAGCAGCACUUCCAGUUACGGACUUUUCAGGUUAAGUACAGACCCCUGGAACAAAUUUAAUUCGUAUCCGGAGGUCCACUGUACAGAACUGGGCUUUCUCACUACUGAGGAAGGCUGGCAAGCAGAGGAAGCGAAAAAUUACAUUUGCAAUAUUUCAUGAGGUUGAUUAGCAAAAGUAAUUUCAAAAGACGAAAGGCGAUCUGAAGGGGAGGCAAUUUUAAGAUGUAUUCUGAACCCACAUUGAUGUGGGCGUGAACUCUGCAUUUCAAAGGAAUCGAAUAAAUCUCAUCAAAGGCUUUGAUAAACCCAAAAUCUGGAAAAGUAAUGAGCUGCAGUCAUGAGAGGCUCAAAUGCUAGGUAGGUCUCACCUGGUUGUUUUUUAUCAUGUAGAGUAGCUAAAAUAUUUAGACGAAAGGAGGUCAUAAUUUUGCAGACUUUCUGGGUUGUAGGCUUUGAAAAUUAAAUAAAAUUCUCCCCUUUUUUUAAAGCUAGUUUAGGAUUUAACCUUUUUUAAAAAACAAAAAACAAAAAAACCCUAUAUUCUUUGUGGACUUUGUAUGAAUGGAAAUUUUGCUUGGAUCAGUGAUUUAGUACCACACUGCCAGUUAGGGUAAAGUUAGCCUAGGGUAGGUUAGAGCUGGUAUGGUUAGAGCAAGGAUAGCCAAUGGAGUGACCUCCCAAUGCUCUUGGAACAUCUCCCAUCAUCCCUGACCUCAAAAAGCUGGGGAAGCAGGGUUGCUUCGGGGAUCCAACUUGGCUGAGUUCUCUUCCAAACAGAGCUACUGGUCCUCCAAAGCUGUCUCCCCAAACCUGGCGCCCCACUCUCCCCCACAUUUUGGACUGCAACCAUCGCUGACUGCAUGGAAGGCUACUUCAAAGGCUGCUCUGAACUUUAUACCUCUUCAGCAGAGGAAGAAAAACACUCCUAGUAAUUACAGUUUCACUUUGCAUUAAAACACACACAGUUGUAUCUUCUUGAGUUGAAAGCAGUGAAAGCUGGGAUUACUGUAGCAGGCUGUUUAAAAGCCAGGCUUGCCAAGUGCAUUCAGAGAUUUAAGAGCCUGUCAAAGGGAUGUCGGUGGCGCUUCGGUAAUUGGUGUGCGGAUUGCCCCACUGCUGGCUAUUUUUCUUUGGCGGUGUUUUCAUCGUUGGGUGAGUUAAAGAAUGCACGAGAGGCAAGCUCAGUUUUCUUGAGGUUGUCUGCAUUAGCUGUAUGCAGUGAUGGACCAAUUCUGGGCUCGGAAUAAUUUUCCGUGUAUAUUUAUUCAUUUAGAAAACCAGCUCAAUUUAAGCUGUUUUCUAAAUAUGGAAAUAAAUGGGGGGAAUUACUGUGAGGCCAAUUCGAACCUCAUUGGGAUCCCAAUGUUUCCAGAAGUGUGAUGGGUUCUGAAAACUUCCCUAGUCUGCACCCAUGAGACCCUCUGGCCUGUUGACAUCUUUCCCCUAUCUGGUCUGGAAGCAGUGGCAGAGAAGUUGUUGGAAGCCUGCCUGCUAACUGCUGGAAUAUUGCUACAACCACUUCCUUAGUGUGCCAGGGAGCCUGGGAAAUGUGAUUUCCAUGAUGCCCAAUGCCCCUAUUGGGGACUUGGGCACCCUAAGAAAAUCACAUACCCAGGCUCCCUGGCACACUAAAUUGCAGCAGUCACCAGGAAGGAGAGAUGCUUCUAGUGAGAAUGGUUAGACCAGGGGUCAGCAAACUUUUUCAGCAGGGGGCCGGUCCACUGUCCCUCAGACCUUGUGGGAGGCCAGACUAUAUUUUUUGGGGAAAAUAUGAACGAAUUCCUAUGCCCCACAAAUAACCGAGAGAGAUGCAUUUUAAAUAAAAGGACACAUUCUACUCAUGUAAAAACACGCUGAUUCCCAGACCAUCCGCAGGCUGGAUUUAGAAGGUGAUUGGGCUGGAUUCGGCCCCCGGCCUUAGUUUGCCUAGCCAUGGGUUAGAAGCUGGGAAGGAAGAGGGAACAGGAAAGAGUUUUGCUCAUGGCAUGAAGAGAAGGGUGUUUUUUCUCAUGAUGGUGGAACUUCUGAGUUAUCCAGAGAAAUUGGCUUAAAUGAAACAAGUUUUGUUGUAGCACAUUUAGGGAUGUAAAAAGAACGCUAAGACAAGCCUGCUGGAUCAGGCCAAAGGCCCAUCUUGUCGGGCAUCCUGUUCUCACAGUGGUCAACCAGACGCCUGUGAGGAACCUGAACUCAAGUGCGCUCCCCUCUCCUGUGGUUUCCAGCAACGGGCAUUUAGAAGCACGACUGCCUUUGACAGAGCCAGAGCAUAACCAUUCUGUCUAGCAUGCAGCCAUUGAUGGGAGGCCCAUGCAGAGGUAGGGGCAGCUGGGUAAACUUGCCCCAGGCCUCAGAGGGCUAAAGAGGCUGGGGGAGCUGGCAGGAGCUUGCUGGACAUACUACCAUGUCAAGAAUACCCUGCACCUCUCAGUUGACUGGGUACGUAAUGGGCAAAACAGCCAUGCUUGUCCAUAUGCACUGCAAGGCUGCGAUAGUAAAAUGUGAACCUGCAUUACUGCUUACUAGUGUGUCGCGUCAGGUCAGAUUAGGUCAUGGGUAGGCAAACUAAGGCCCAGAUCCGGCCCAGUCGCCUUCUAAAUCCAGCCCGCGGAUUGUCCAGGAAUCAGCAUGUUUUUACAUGAGUAGAAUGUGCCCUUUUAUUUAAAAUGCAUCUCUGGGUUAUUUGUGGAGCAUAGGAAUUCGUUCAAUUUUUUCCCAAAAAAUAUAGUCCGGCUGCCCACAAGGUCUGAGUGACAGUGGGCUGGCCCCCUGCUGAAAAAGUUUGCUGACCCCUGGAUUAGGUGGUGCAUCUCAUGGACAAGACUCCCACCCCAUUCAUCAGACAAGGCCUGCACAGGCCUGAUUGAUGCCCUUAUCCUCUGUGAAAUUCUCUAAUCUGUUUCAGAAUCAUCCAAGUUAGUAGCCAUCACUGCCUCCUGCGGAGAGUGACUUCUAUAGUUUAGCUUUGUGCUGCAUGAAGAAGGGACGCGGGUGGCGCUGUGGUCUAAACCACUGGACCUCUUGGGCUUGCCGAUCGGUGGUUUGAAUCCCCGUGACGGGGUGAGCUCCCGUUGCUCUGUCCCAGCUCCUGCGAACCUGGCAGUUCGAAAGCACACCAGUGCAAGUAGAUAAAUAGGUACCGCUGCUGCGGGAAGGUAAACAGCAUUUCCGUGCGCUCUGCUUUCCGUCACGGUGUUCUGUUGUGCCAGAAGCCGUUUAGUCAUGCUGGCCACAUGACCCGGAAAGCUGCCUGUGGACAAACGCCGGCUCCCUCAGCCUGAAAGUGAGAUGAGCGUCGCAAACCCAUAGUCGCCUUUGACUGGACUUAACCAUCCAGGGUUCCUUUACCUUUUUUUACCCCACAACUUCAGUGCCUAUGAGUUUGGCAGCACAGUAGCAGCAACCUACAACAGGAGUCCUACAAGUCAAAGGGCAUGAAUAAUGUGCCAAGCUUGUGGUGCAGUCAGCUAAGGGAUUUACUUGUAGCUCAGUGGCAGAGCUUUUGCAAAACAUCUUGGGCUCAAUCCCUUCCAGGCACAGCUGGGCAAAACCCUCAUCCUGAGCUGUAUAUGAGGCUGCUUCCCAUGUCUCCCUGCUUCAGAUCUUAAACCAAUGCAGCAGACAAAAGCCCUAGGAGGCGAGCUGUGUCUGAAAUCUCAGUCGCACAGCACGGCCUGCAGUUUUAGAAGUUGCCAUUGUCAAAUAAACUGCUGCACCAUCUUUUGUUAGGAGCUCAGGCGUGUGUUUGGGUUACAUAACGGUGAGAACGAAUGCUGCCCUGCCCAUGAUGCGCCCUUUUCACAAUUGUACAUGGCGUGUGCAGCGGGAUUAACAUCAGUGGUGAAGCAGAAACACAAAAAUAGAAUCUGAAUAAUGAAUGUGCCGGAGGGCAGAACCGUCUCCUCCUCUGCUAUAUCCAUCUGCCACUGUUGUCCUAAGCUGCACUGCCUUUAAGCUGGUUCUGCUAUUUCUGUCCCCUUCGCCACAUAUAUAGAAAAGCCGGCGCUGAGUGUCUGGUUUUGCUUUGUCAGAAACCUUAGAGUCCCGAGCGUUUCAGAGUCUUAACAGUGAUGUGGCAAAUUUCAUAAAUAAAAGGCAGCAAUAGUGGGAUUGGCAGGACACAUGAUGCUGUCAUAGCAGGCCUUACAUAGCCUGGGGGUGGAGCAGGGAUGGAGGGGAGAAGCAGAUCGCCGAUAAAGCCCUUACUUAGGCUGAUUGUAUUUGUCCGCAUGCAGUGACUAUUCUGUUGAGAUUGAGUCAGGGGAUUUUCUGGAUGCUGCUGUUCUGAAAAUGGUACCCAAUUUGAAGAGAGAGAGAGAGAAUGUGUCUCUGUGCAAAACUCCACAAGGGUAAAUCUGCUAGUGUUUCGAGAUCUGCUUGUGCAUCCGUACCAGGGGUGCAAACCUGAAUAAAAUAUUGGGGCAGACAGGUAAGCCCUGUCCCACAUAAUCGAUCACAUGAUGGGGCUCACCCCAUACCAUUUGAAUGGCAGUGCCCAAAUAUUUUAUGGGAUGGCCUCGGCCCCUAGGAAUUGGCUCCUAUGAUCUGUACACAGCUAUAUACAUGAACCUUCCGUGUGUGUUCACAGAAGAAGUAUUGCUUCCUACGCAGGAGACGAGCCUUCCAGACUUGCCAUUAUUUUUGCGGGAGAGAUCUAUGCACGAUGAAAGUGGAUUAAAGCGCUCUGUUGCCCUAGUGCAACAAAUCCUCUUUUAAAAAAACCCGGACCUUUUGUGGUUAGGAAAGUGACAAGGAGAUGCACUGAAAAGUGUGGGUAGAUAAAAAUAUUAACCAGAAGGCAUGCAAGCACCCGAAAGCAAAUGAGGACGUCUGCUCAUUUGUCAUAUGACUGCCCUGUACACAAUUAAGAACGAAUGCUCAGCGAAGACCGGAUCUAUUCGAACCACUGUGUAAGCUUUGUGUGAACAAUUCAGGAUGAAUGGUGAAUAAACAGGUUGUCUGGAGAACCAUGUCACAGUACAAGUGAUGGAUACACCAAAGAGUAACAGGGGGGUUGGGAGGGGUCUUCCAAUCCAAACUCUCAGGCUGGUGGCUGAGGUGUCUUGUGAAGCAAGGUGGAUGUGGCGAUCAGACAGGGCCCCUGGACGUUUCACGGUCUAUUGACCCUGUGCCACCACUGCGGUUGCUUUCUUCGCUGCCACCACCACACGGAGUCCAGACAGUUGUUAACAUAAACAAAUAUCAAGUUUAUUUUUAAAUGCAGGAAUAAGCGUAUGGUUUCGGUUUAUUUUUCUCUUGUCCGUUUCUUAAAUCUUAGUUCCUACAACUUCAAACUGAAUUAUUCCCAACUAUCUAACUCCCUAACAAUUCCUCUCACUCUUUCACAAUACAACUCAACCAACCCAUUGCCUAUUCCACCCUCUUCCUUCUCCAACACCCAAGCCUCAACUCCCAACUGACAAACCUCAACUCCCAACUCCCAAACCUCAACUGACUUUUCAAAACCUCCCACUCUAUCUUUUACUCCCCCCUCGCAUUCUCACUGGCCAAUCACUUCACACCCAUUUUAACCCUUUCCUUGACACAUCCUAGGGCAACCGCCACAGUGGAGGUAUUCCAGUUAUCAGUGGGAGAAACUUUCUAGAAAAUGCCUCAUUUGUUACUCUCCCAGAUUUAACUAAGGACCUCUGCUUGCAUUUGGUAGGGUAAGGGUUCUGUGGAGUUAAUUUAGCUCUUUGCACUUAGGGUAAUCCAAAGGUUUAUUCUGUAAAUCGGUUCUUGAGCAGCAGGACGAUUCCCAGUAAAACAGCUACUGUAGAGAGGAUAUUUAACAAGAAUCAGAGGAGCUUCCACUGUUGGAGAGAUGCUUCGUUUGACCCACUGUGGCUUUCUCCCAAUUACUUGCAGUGGAACCACUCUCAUUGCUCAGAACAAAGCCAACAUAAAUACUUCAUUCACCUUGGGAAAUGUGGAAGCUGCCUUAUAUGAAGUCAGCGCUGUCUAGCUCAGCAUUAUCCACACUUACUGGCAGCUGCUCUCCAGGGUUUCAGGCAGGGGAGCUGCCCAGAUUUGCCUGGAGAUGCCAGGGAUUGAUCCUGGGGGCUUGUGCGUGCGAAAGCAAGAUGCUCUGCCCCUGAGCUACAGCCCUUUCCCCAUGCAGAAUUGCAGUUCAUCUGAGCUUCUUAGUAACAUUAGAUGAGCUGCUUGGUCUUUGCAGUGGAAUCUUUAUAAUAUAAUAAUAAACAGAACAGCAUUAAAUAUUAAAAACUUCCCUGAACAGGGCUGCCUUCAGAUGUCUUUUAAAAAUAGGAUAGCUGCUUAUUUCUUUCACAUCUGAAGGGAGGGUGUUCCACAGGGUGGGCACCACUACCGAGAAGGCCCUCUGUCUGGUUCCCUGUAACCUCACUUCUCACAAUGAGGGAACCGCCAGAAGGCCCUCGGCGCUGGAUCUCUGUGUCCGGGCUGAAUGAUGGGGGUGGAGACGCUCCUUCAGGUAUACUCGGCCAAGGCCGUUUAGGGCUUUAAAGGUCAGCACCAACACUUUGAAUUGUGCUCAGAAAUGUAUUGGGAGCCAAUGCAGAUCUCUCAGGACCGGUGUUAUGUGGUCCCGGCGGCCACUCCCAGAUGCUUUGUUUAGAUAUUUUUGCUGUUACCUUUGCUAACUGUAUGUGUAGGAUUGAUCUGGGCUCAUAACAUUGUCUCCUGGUGUGCUAUUUACUAUAGCCAAAUAUAUAUAUUAGCUUUACUCAGAGAAACCCACCAAAUGAGCUAAGUAGGCUACAUUAGCAUACAUGGCUAAGGGUUAAACUGACAAGGGCUGCCCAUGCCUAAGGGUGACACAUUUUUACAAAUAAACCCCAAACUAAAGCCCCAAUAAAAAGGGAGAGGCUGGAAAGAAGAGAGGGAGGGAAAGAAAGAGAUGGGUGGCACCCCAUAACUGUUCGGGGAACACAUUCUAGACCUGAGAGUUGGCAGGGGAGAGUGGUUGAAGUUCUUCAAGUAAGCAGAAGGUUUGGUGCUCAUUUACAGACAAACAAACAAGUAAAAAUGAGCAGUUGGUCUGGAGGAGUGAAGGUCAUGCUCAAAAGUGGGGGGACGGGACCUGUGGCCAUCCAGAUGUUGCUGAACUCCCAACUCCCAUCCCCCUUAGCCAUUGGCCAUUACUUCCUGGGGUUGCUGGGAGUUGAUGUUCAGGAACAUCUGGCAGGUCAAAGAUUCCUCACCCUGGGUCUAGUACAGGAACUGUUUAUGAUCUGUGGUCCUCCAGAUGUUGCUGGUAAAGGUAAAGGGACCCCUGACCAUUAGGUCCAGUCAUGACCGACUCUGGGGUUGCGGCGCUCAUCUCACUUUAUUGGCUGAGGGAGCCGGCAUACAGCUUCUGGGUCAUGUGGCCAGCAUGAUUAAGCCGCUUCUGGCGAACCAGAGCAGUGCACGGAAAUGUCGUUUACCUUCCCGCUGGAGCGGUACCUAUUUAUCUACUUGCACUUUGACGUGCUUUCGAACUGCUAGGUUGGCAGGAGCAGGGACCAAGCAACGGGAGCUCACCCCAUCGCGGGGAUUCAAACCGCCGACCUUCUGAUUGGCAAGUCCUAGGCUCUGUGGUUUAACCCACAGCGCCACCCGUGCCCCUAGAUGUUGCUGGACUACAACUCUAAUCAUCCAUGGCCAUGCUACCUGUGGCUGGUGGGUGUUGUGGUCAACAACAACUGGAGGGACACAAAUUAUAGCCACCCCUGGAAUAGGAACCUAUUUUGGAAACGAGGCUUGAAGGAUGCCUUGGCACAAGGCCACAGAGAUUGUAACUCGGUAGGUAAGUGUCAGGGAAAAUAGGAAUACUAAGAUAGUUAAGAAGUUAAGCAAACACAGCUGAAAGAUUUCUAGAGCCAGGCUCUGUACACCUCUGGUUCUCACGAAGAAGCGACUGAGCUGCUGAAAGGAUUAUUUAAUGGGUUAUGUAAAGCUAUCUCCCUGCCCUUGUGAAAGGGAAGAGAGCACAGCAGCUCUGUUCCUCCAGCAGACGCUUGCUGAUAUGGGCUGAGGGAUGCUGGUGAUCCACAGAUAGCCUUGCAACCUCUUGAUGCCUGGUUAAGAGGAGGAAACAGGAGAGAGUGAGCAAGUUCCCUGAUUACUUGGAGUAGUGCUAAAGUGCAGAAUGCAACUGGUGGUGAUUUCUAAAACAGCAGAGGGAGAAAAAGCGACUGCUCAGUGGGAACGCUUGGAACCAUUAAGCAAAGGCUUUAACUGAUUUUUAUUCUUUUGCACCUCCCUCCUCUUAGGAACACAUUAUAUCUAUGAGAAGGCUCAAGCCUUCAAAGAAGGAGGGGUGAAGUAACUGCAGUUCGUUAAUCCUUCGCUGUGACUUCCGCGCUACUGAAGAAAGGGUGGUGUUUUCAUCGCUCAUCUUCCUCUUCUGUCAGCAUCCAGCCUUUGCCUUCACCCUCCAGUGCCAGCCUUCUACCAACAAUGGCAGCGCCAAAGAGCACAGGUGUGUUAUUUGCAGCAGGGAUCCGAGGAAGCACCCCGACACUUCAAAGCCGCAGCAGAAGUGUUGCCGGCUAAAGAACAUAGCGAUGAAAGAAUCGCAGCUUUCGGCUCUUGAACUGGGACCUGAAUCAAGGAGGGAGGAUCUGAUCAUCUCCUGCCUGAUGAGGUCAGCUGUUCAAAGGGGCCUGGACAUAUUCAAAGCAGCAGCAGCAGACGCUGAGUCAAGCACUUUGUUUGUAUGCCUGGAGAGAGAGAGUGAGAAAAGGAUGCCCUUGUAUUUUGCACAGCCCUCCUUGCUUUUGUGAUGUAGAGUUUGCACCUUUAAUUGCAAAUCUUCCAUUAAGCCUGCAGAUUGUGACCCUUGUUGAAGUGGCUGCUUAAAUGUGGAUACAAGUUGGGUCUUCGCUUCCAAGUUUUAUUUGGAGGAAACGGAGUGAUGCAUUUGCUGGAAGAUAACGCCGCGAAUAAAACUUAGUGCCGAGCCCCAUGUCUUAGAGCUCUCUCUAGCUUUCUGUUUUAAAUGGUCACGAGCUUUGUCAUGUCCACAUCCGUGUCGCCGAGGUCUUCCCACAGAACAGCUUGCUAAAGCCGAUGGAUACAUGAUCGCCCCCUGGACUAUGACCACAGGAUAUGCGAAUGGCGGUCUAGGGAGCCACCGGUAUGUUAGAUGGAAUCGGGAAGACAGUGCAGAGGACUAUACAAAGAGCGAGGUCUACGCAGAGGAUGAGCAGGGCAGGCAGCGCCGGUUGACGCCUUUGGAGAAACUGACUCUGGAUAUGUCCCAGGAUGAAAAGGUGGUUAAAGAGUUAACUCUGGGGAAGAGGAUUGGGUUUUACCGCAUCAGAGGGGAAAUAGGGAGUGGGAACUUCUCCCAAGUGAAGCUUGGAAUCCAUGCUCUGACCAAAGGUAGGCUCUGCGGUGUGUGGAACAAGCGGUUGUGUGGGGUUGUGUAGAGAUAUAUACAAGGUGUUUCCAGAUGGGUGUUUGUGGGAUUGGUGCAUCAGACACAUGUAAGGUUUUUUGUUCCUACAGCAUCCAUGUGUCAUUGGCAUCCAAAUGCCAGGCUAUAGAUCUCCCCCUCCCUUCCAAUUUAAUCCAGAUUUAUCCUUUCCCAAGGAAAAUCCAGUAAUUUUUUUUUAUAAAAAAAAUUUUUUAUAAAAAAAAUUUAUUUUUUUUAUAAAAAUAAAUUAAUAAUUAAUAUAAAAAUAAAAAAAAAUUAAUUUUUUUUAUAAAAAAAAUUAACCUGUUUGCAACAUCUCAUUGAACGGUUUGCAAAUUCAGCUCCUGUCUGGAAGCACCCACAGAACAGAUACUAAGUGGGGCAGUGGGUGGAUGCACAGUGUAAUAUGCCAUCCCUUGCGUAAGCAUUGAAGGCAAUAUCCUGAGCUGGUCUCUCCUUGUUCAGGCUCAUGUACCAUCUGCCUCGCAUGCCAAGACCAGAGAGUUAAAGUGAGUUCGCUGCGCUUUUGAGCGCGCUUCUCAACACCCUCUUGGGACAGAGAACAGCCAAAUGGGAGAUUUCCCCUCCUCCUCCCCUACCUGUUUUCCAGGACAUGUCGUUUUUGUCAGGAAUGACUAUUCCAUUCAGUAUUCAUGAUGAUACCAAGGAGAGUUGGUUAUUUUAGAACAGGACUGGGCAGCCCCUUCAGAAGUUUAUGCCAAUUUUCCCUAGGUGGGUGGGAGAAAUUAGGAGCUUUAAGGUGGUGGUGGACAAGGGCAGAGCCCAAAGUGGGCAGGGAUGAAGCCAGAAGUGGGUCAGAACAGCCCUCCUGUCCCCCUCUCCUUCCCCUUCAUCAUGCAUUCAUUCUCUCCUGCAUACACAAAUCCCAUCCCCGCUGCUCCCACUAACCACCUUUCUUUCCGUUUCUAGAUCACAGGCCAAGCAUUAUAGAAAUGAGUACCAUCUGCUGAUGGUACUAUAAAUCUGGGUGGGAAACCUGUGGCCUUUCUGAUGCUGUUGUUGGACUACAACUCCCAUCAUUCCCUGACCACUGGCCAUGGUGACUGGGGAUGAUGGAAGCCAGAGUCCAACAACAACAUCUGGAAGGCCACAUGUCCCUUCCACCUCUAUGAUUUAUAUGGUUUUUAUCUGCAUAAGUGCCUUCCUCCUCCCAGAAUUUGGAUGUGCUUCAAAUGUGCCUCAGGGGUCUUCUGACUCUGCUGUAUGUGUUAUCUCCCGUGCUGAGUCUGUCACACUGAAGCUCUUUAGCGUUUAUAUUUUUGCCCGUAUGUGUGUGUCACUUUCUCUGUAUUUGCAAUUCCUGCUGAUACCAUGUUUGUGUGUCUGUAGGCGUUAGAAAGCCUCUCCUUGCUCACAUCAGAUUAAUUGAACCCCCCCUCCCCCAUCCCAUCUGAACCCAGACCUUCACCUCCUGGGGACUGGAUUCAUAGGGCAAUGGCAACAAAAGGAUGAGUGCGGAUGUGCUUUAUACAGCAAGGAUUAAAGAGAGCACUUGAACAUUUCAAAAUGGGAACCGAGGUGUUGCCAGCAGAAGAAUUUAGUGAUGGCAAUUCCAGCUCAAUUGCUGAAUUAUAAUGAAACGAACUUGUAAUUAUUGCAGUGUUAUUUCUUGGGAGCAGAGCGGUGUGUGUGUGUGUGUACUAACUUUGCAGUGUUAGCAGUUACAACAGUAGGAUAUACAGGGGAAAUUUACCUGGUGAAAGGAAUGCUGAGGUUUGCAGCCUGUUGUCCUGUUGGAAAUAUGAUAAAUUAUAUGCUGGUACAGCCGUACUUUGGAAGUCGAAUGGAAUCCGUUCCAGAAGUCUGUUUGAAUUCCAAAAUGUUCGAAAACCAAAUCACGGCUUCUGAUUGGCUGCAGGAGGCUUCUGAUUGGCUGCAGGAAGCUCCUGCAGCCAAUCAGAAGCUACGGAAGCCCUGUUGGACGCUCUGGUUCCAAAAGAACGUUUGCAAACCGGAACAAUCACUUCUGGGUUUGUGGAGUUUGGGGGCCAAAACGUCCAAGUUCCAGGGCAUUCAAGAUCCAAGGUACGACAGUAUACACUUCUGUCCUGUAAGUCAUGCAGUUAAUGACUUCCAACGGGCUACUCCAGAUACUUUCAGAUCUGGUUUCUUGGGGUUUCAGGUGACUCGUUAUCCUUCCAAGAUAAUUAUGGUGCAUGAAACCACCAAGUGGGGUCAUCCGGAGCUUUGGAGUAUGUUGUCAGUAAUAUGCUGAUGACACACAGCUCUGCUUCUUCUUUACAUCUGAAGGUGUAGCAGUGGAUGUGCUGGACCGUUGUCUUGCCUUGGUAAUGGACUGAGAGCCAACAAACUGAAGCUCAAUCCAGAUUAGACUGAGACACUGUUAGUGAAUGGUUCCCUAGACCCAUAUGGAUGGGAGGUUGCCUGAUCUGGAUGGGGUUACACUCUUUCUGAAGGAGCGGGUAUGCAGCUUGGGGGUACUUCUGAAUCUUUUGCUGUUGCUUGAGGGAUAGGUGGCCUCAGUGGCAAGGAGUAUCUUCCACUGGUUUCGGCUGGUGGCCCAGCUGUGUCCCUAUCUGGACAGGGAUAGACAAACUUACGUUGUCUGUGCUCUAGUAACCUCUGUGUUAGAUUACUGCAAUGUGUUACAUGGAGGGCUGCUUCUGAAGAUAGUUCGGAAACUUCAGCUGGUGUGGUUGGUUUGAGGGUAUUACACUGGCUGCCAGUAAGUUUCUGGGCCCAGUUCAAAGUGCUGGUUUUGAUCUAUAAAUCUUGGGACUGCAACACAAUGGUACCUCGGGUUACAUACGCUUCAGGUUACAUACGCUUCAGAUUAACCCAGCUAACCCAGAAAUAGUGCUUCAGGUUAAGAACUUUGCUUCAGGAUAAGAACAGAAAUUGGGCUCCGGCGGCACGGCGGCAGCGGGAGGCCCCAUUAGCUAAAGUGGUGCUUCAGGUUAAGAACAGACCUCCGGAACGAAUUAAGUACUUAAUCCGAGGUACCACUGUACCUCAAAGACCACCUCUCCCCAUAUGAACUGACCCAGAACCUGCAAUGAUCACCUGAGGCCCUUCUUUGUGUGCCUCCUCCAUGAGUGUUUUGGAGGGUGGCAACAUGAGAACGGGCCUUUUCUGCAGUGGCUCCCCAUCUGUGGAAUGCUCUCCCCGGGGAGACGCUUGCCUGACGCUUUUUGUUACAUAUCUUUAGGCGCCAGGCAAAAACGUUUCUCUGUAACUAAGGCUUUGGCUGAUUAACAUUCUAUGGCUUUUUAAAUGUUUGUGGAAGGGAAGGGGUUAUUGGUUUGCUUUUGUUCUUGUUUGUAUUUUUAUGUAGUAAACUGCCCUGUGAUCUUUGGAUGAAAAGUGGCAUGCUAAUUUAACAAAUAAUAGUAAUAAGAGGGAAUCCUGUAUCUCUCUGCUAAAAAACUGUAUCAAUAACUGAAGCUCCACCCAUGUGCGUGCCUGAAUUCUGUGUUCCUGCAUGUGCAACAAAAGAACAUCCUAGUAUUUGGCUCCUUUUCCAGAUGAUACCUGGCGUGCCAAUUGCAAGCUGUGUUUCAAACGGUUGCAUCAGCAGCUAGGAUUAGAGAGACUCUUGUCACUGAUGGCACAGACAAGGUUAUAGCAACCUUUUCUUCUAAAAGUGUCUGGCUAGCUGGAUUCUCAGGAUGACCUGAUCUCUCCUCCCUAAACUUCUUAAAACAAAGUGCAGAACCAAGGCUGCAGAAGCAAAAUGCGGUGAGGGGAAAUUGGGCCAUGGAUGAAGUGCAAAAUCUGAUUUGUUACUUCUUUUGGUCUUGCCUAGCCUUGGAACAUUUUUUUCUUCUACCCUCUUUUUUCUGUAAAUAUUGUGCUUGAAAAGAACCCUGAAUGAGAAAAGGUCUUUUGUUUCCCACUGUGUUGCUUGGCCUUUGCUUUUUCUCUUCUGUAGUUUGUGGUGAGAAGUGUUUUAAAUUUACAAAACACAAGAAAUGUCUUGCAGUGCCUUUGAAGCUUUCUUAACAGCAAUUGCACUUUUGGGAUAUUUAAUAAUUGUGUGUUGCUGUUUUAUUGUUUAUUGGAGGGGAAUAACCUCCAUAUGUGCUACCUUGAGCUUCUUGGGAAAGGUAGGAGUGUGGCUCAGUCUCUCUUGUGGGGUGAAGAUAUUCACGGUCUCUCGGAAACGGGCUGUAGUCUGUUUCAUUUGCAACAGUGAUCAUGUUUGCUGCAGUGGAAACCUGGUUUGCAAUGCAAUCCUAUACAUAUUUACUUGAAAGUGAGCCCUACUGUGCUCAGUGGGUUUUGCUCGCCAGUGUGUGUGUGUUGGGUUGCAGCAUAAGUAGAGUUGAAUACAGCCUUCGCCAACCUAGUGCCCUCCAGAUAUUUGGAGCUGUAACACCCUUCAGCUGCAGCCAGCAUAAUUGCACAGAUAGGAAUGGUAGUCUGCUGUGUAUCAGGAAAACAACACAACACAGCUUAGUUCUGCUACAAACAAUGUGGAUUCUACAUUCCGUUCAAGUUCUUUUAUUAUUGUAUUAAGUCAUGUUUAAAUGCAGCUGCCUCAUCACAGCAAAAAAUAAAACAAAUAGUGGAAUCCAGAUCCCUUUUGGCCUGUGACGCAGAGAGGCUGCUUAGGGUCGCUUACAGUUGUGCAUAUGUGGAGGCCAAGGCCUGCUAGAGGAUUUGAUGGCUGCUCUGCAUGGUCCUUGCCAGUUUCAGUUUCAGUUUCAAAGCCUGGUUAGUAUGUGUAAAUUUCUCACAGGAGUCCUCACAACCCCUGGGGGGAACUGCUCUUUAGCGCUCAAUCGUAGCAAAUGGCAAUUCAGGUUUUCUCCAGAUUAACAUUUGCUCAGAUUUAGAGUUAAAGAGCAGGUUUUCUUGGGGGACAAGGAGUGGGGCAAGGGAAAAAGGGCAAGUGGAAGUGGGGACAAGCCCCUGAACUGAGCAUGGAAGAAACCUAAUUAUCUGCCAGCAGAAACCACUUCACUUCACUGCAUUGUAAUGUGGUAAUGUGAACAUCCCCUUGGGCACUGAAGAUGUGCUGCCAGUUAAUUUACGGGGCUAGAUGGACAACUGAGCUGACCCAGUAUACUUCUAUUUAUUAUCAACAUUUCUAAAGCACCCUUCAUCCAAACAGAACCCAGGGUGCUGUGCAAUAACAAAACACCUGCCUAUGUUCCCCCUCUUUUAAUAGGUGAGUGCAUUACAUCCAUGCCAACUGUUAUGGGAAUUUUGUUUUAAGAUGUAAUUAUACAAGAUGUAGCAGAGGAAAGCAGAGGGAGGGGAGAUAGCUCAGUGGCAGAGCAGAACCUUCCACCUCAAGUCCCAGAUUCAGCUUGUGCUAUUUCCAGUUAAAAGGAUCUUAGGUAGCUUGAUGGGAAGGCCAUUUGCCUGAGGCUCCAACGAUCUCCUGCAAGUUGCAACAGAUAGUCUUGAGCUUGCUGGAUCAAGGCUGUUCAUAUGACUUUUCUUCCUUUCUUAAGCAUGGUAUCAGCUGUCCUUACUAACCCUAUGAAAUCAAACCACUGUCAUUCCAGAAAAGGUAGCCAUUAAGAUUUUGGACAAGACGAAAUUAGACCAGAAGACGCAGAGAUUACUCUCCCGCGAGAUUUCCAGCAUGGAGAAGCUGCACCACCCAAACAUCAUCAGGCUUUAUGAGGUCAUGGAGACCCUCUCGAAGCUGCACCUGGUGAUGGAAUAUGCCAGUGGAGGGGAGCUAUUUGCGAAAAUCACGACAGAGGGGAAAUUAUUGGAAGUGGAGAGUAAGCACAUCUUCUCCCAGAUUGUGUCUGCUCUUAAGCACAUGGUAAGUUCAUUAUUUUGGUCCCUUCAACAGCUCUGCAUUUCCCUGUGUGUGUCCCGCUUUAAAGAGAAGCAGGAUUAGUUUGAGAUAUCCACCAGUCUGUUAGGAGCAAUAAAAGAAUAUUAUGUCAACAUGGCAAGUGGCUCCAGCUUAGUGAGCCUGCGUAUGAACAAACAUUUGCUUUGGGUGCUUUUCUGCAGCUUGAGGUACGUUUUGCGUGGAAUAUCUUUUGUUGGAAACACGUGGCCACCAUGGGAGUGCAAGCAGUUUGUGUUUCUGUGCAAGCUCUGCUGUAAUGUGUUCAAGGGCUAUUUAACAGCUCUGAUUUUUCAGGCGUUUGGCCAGAAAUGUUGUGAUGAGGAUCCUAUGUGGGUGGGGAUUCAUUACAGAAUAGGAAGAACAUACAGGUAGCUUGAUAAAGAGCUCUUAACUGCUUAAUUGUAUUAACAUUUAGAGGGCAACUGGGCAGAAUGCUGCCUUUGUCCUUUUCUGCAUGUCUCCACAAACAAAAUGGCUAUAAAAUUAUUGGGAUGUGGGAGGCAGGGGAAGAAGGGUUAAAUGAAAACUAAACAUUCAGGUAGAGGCUUGGAAUAGCUUUCAGUGGUCCAUACCUUCCUUCUCCUCUUCUGCGGCUACAGCCCUGCUGGUGGUUUUGUACAAUAGGCUAGCUAAAAUAUACUUUCCUUUUAAAAGACUAACCGUUCUUAUUUUAAAAGACUUCCACGUUUGCAUUUGCAGCACAGUGGAAAACAUUUAUGAAAGCUAAACAUUAUUUUUUAUUCUUUGUUCUGCAGCAUGAGAGCAACAUAAUUCACCGGGACCUGAAAGCUGAAAACGUAUUUUACACCAGUAACACCUGUGUGAAAGUGGGGGAUUUUGGAUUCAGCACGAUAAGUAAAAAAGAGGAAACACUGAACACUUUUUGCGGCUCCCCUCCUUACGCUGCCCCAGAGCUCUUCAGGGACGAAAGCUACGUUGGGGCAUAUGUGGAUAUCUGGGCACUCGGAAUUCUUCUGUAUUUUAUGACGACUGGGAUGAUGCCCUUUCGAGCAGACACAGUGGGCAAACUGAAGAAGACUAUUCUCGAGGGCAUGUAUGUCCUGCCGCCGUUCCUCUCGGAACCUUGCCAGAAGCUGAUUCGGGGAAUCCUGCAGCCAGUACCGUCGGAACGCUAUUCCAUUGAGUACAUUAUGAACAGCGAAUGGAUGAAAGGAGUGGAGUAUCCAAAGCCCCUGGAACCUUUCAAACUGGAUCCAAAGUACUUGUCGGGGAGUGGAACACUCGGAGAGGAAGACGCCGAAGUGAAAAAAAUAUUGAACAAUUUGGGGAUCACGGAGGAGCACAUUCAGAAUAACCGCGGGAGAGCUUCCCACAGCUCAGUAACUGGGAUCUACCGAAUUAUUUUGCACAGGGUGCAAAAGAAAAGGGCCGUGGAAACGGUUCAUAUAAUCAGCCAACCAGAAUUCAGGGAGCAAGAGUCAAAGAAAGAGCAGUCUACCUAUCGCGGCCUCAAACACUCAUCUAAGCUCUGUUUGAUUUUAUAAAAAAUGCAGCUGUCUUGGUGUUUGGCAAACUUUGCCGAGACCUCUUUGUCUGUUCUUAGCAUUUUUGUAAUUUUGAAUUAAUAAAAAAGAUGCCUUAAAAUUCCUCAUCUAAGAUGCACAUUCAAGAGUAGACUAGUAAAAUGUAUUAUUUGAGGGCUGUUGAGUUUUUAAGUUCUGCUGCAAGGAAUUGGCCUGUAAAAUCAGGAUAAAUGAUAAAUGUGCAGUGCAAUUCCAUUAUAUGUUUAAAGUCACACUGUGUUUAGUGGGGGUUUAUUCCCACUCCCAAGUAGAUGAACAAUUUUAAGUAUUGUUAUCAUGCAGCAAGUCCCAGUAGGACUUCAGAGUAAACAUGCUUAGAAUUUUGGCUCAGGCUGCUGUCUGGAACUAACACGGUGCAUUUCACUUGGGUGAGUUUAGACAGCAUGUUAAGGUCUGUUAAUAUAGGUGAAAUCUUGCCUCACAUGCAUUGAGUAGUGUGGGAAUCCUUUAGAAGGUCUUCCUGGUUAUGUUUGCAUUAUAAGUAAUAAUAGUUAACACUAUUAUUAAAUUUAUUACCCUGCCCUUCACUAGUAGGUCCCAGGAUAAGUUACAACUAUUUAAAUUUCAGCAUUAAAAACAGUUAAAGGAAUUUUCUGUCACAGGAAGAGGGCAAGUCCUGAAAAUACACAUCUGCAGGCACCUACUGAAUAGGACCCAUAAAUAAUAUUUUACCCACUGUUUUUCUCCUCCUCCCAUGUCUGUAACAUUGUGAUCUGUGAUUUUGCUUUUUUAAGGUUCAACGAUGAGUCCUAAAGAGAAAUCGUACAAUUAUAGAGUUGGGCGGGACUGCAAGGGUAAUUAAGUCCAACCCCCCUGCAGUGCAGGAAAUAUUCACCCUGUCCCUUCUAAUUCCAGCAGGGUAAGUCUUGGAUGUGGAGGCCACUGACAACGCAUCUGCUUAAUCAGA